GACGGACAGUUCGUCCUCAGCCAAGCUGCCAAAAUUGCCAAAUCAUCAUCCCCACCGUUUCCUUUCCCCCACCUCCGCCGCUCCCGUCCCCUCCCCUCCGCGACCGAAACAAUGGGCGUCCUCCCUUCCAUCUGACGCCCCAAUCCAAUCCAUGAGAACCCCCGCGCCACAAUCCGAUCUUGCCGCCCGAGGAUGUCCCUGCCCGACGUCGUGUACAGCUGUGGAUCCUGUGGAUAUGCUCUAAAUCUUUCAUCUUCUAACAGAAGCACAUCUGACGUUGACGAGAUAUCUUGUUUUCCUUUCCUUACCUGGCGUAGCUACCGGCCGAAAACUAAGCUUCUGUGCCGAAAAUGUGGAUCAUCUAUUGGCUAUGGAUAUGGUGAGCCACCUGUAUUGUGUAGCUUUGAUCCAGCAAGUUCUUCCUCUGGUACAUCCCAAAACUAUUUAAUAAAGAUCCAGGCUCUCCGACUUUCAGACGGUACUCAAUAAUUGGUUAAGUGUAGUCAGAAUAUGGAAAAAGAGAUGAUGGAUAACAGCAUAGAAGGCUGUAUCAGUUGCCUUUCUGAUGAUUGCUUGCUUUCUAUAUUUAACAAGCUUGAAAGUGAAUCGGACAAGAAUGCUUUUGGGUUAACGUGUAAGAAUUGGUUCAAGGUUCGAAACAUUGCUCGAAAAUCGCUAAUAUUUCAUUUCUCAUUUAAUGCUAAAGAAUAUAAGGAGCAUGCCCAGUGCCUUCCAAAGAUGUUGGCCCGUUCUCCAUAUCUUAAGUUGAUAUCCCUUGCGGGGCUUAGUGAGCUAUCUGAUUCAGCUCUUUAUGAAGUGGGAGUUUCUGGAACAUCUUUGCAGUCCUUCUCAUUGUACUCCUGUUCUGGUAUAACAGAUGAUGGUCUAGCACAAGUGUCAAUCGGAUGUCCUAAUUUGGUUAUAGUUGAACUUUACCGCUGCUUAAAUAUCACCGAUCUUGGUUUGGAAAGUCUUUCCAAGGGCUGUCAUUCUUUGAAGAGUCUUAACCUUGGUUACUGCACAGUUAUUUCAGAUCGAGGGAUUAGUUCAAUCUUUAGGAAUUGCCGAAACAUUUGUGCACUUAUCAUAUCAUAUUGCAGAGGUGUAUCUGGUGUUGGAUUUAGAGGUUGCCCAAGUACACUUUCUUACCUAGAAGCCGAGUCCUGCAUGCUUUCUCCAGAGGGAAUGCUAGACAUAUCGAGUGGUGGUGGACUCCAGUACAUAAAUUUGUAUAAUCUAAGGAGUUCAGUUGGGCUGGAUUGCCUAGGUGGAGUUGGCAGUAUGAAGAAACUCCGAGUUCUGAAUCUGAGGAUGUGCCGCUAUCUUACUGAUGAUUCUGUGGUGGCAAUAGCUAGCGGGUGUCCGUUGAUUGAGGAGUGGAGCCUUGCUGUCUGUCAUGGCGUCCGCUUACCUGGUUGGUCGGCGAUUGGAUUGAACUGCAACAAGCUAAGAAUUCUUCAUGUGAACCGUUGUCGAAACAUAUGCGACCAAGGACUGCAGGCUCUCAAGGACGGAUGUGUGCGCCUUGAGGUCCUGCAUAUACAUGGCUGUAGCAAGAUUACAAAUAAUGGCCUGGCACUGUUCAGCAUUGCUAGGCCUAGUGUGAAGCAAAUGGUGGACGAAGCCAUGUCCAUUGGUCCGUCCAUCGAGGAUUUAUUCCGGUUGCAGUGAUCGGGAACUCUGAAAGUUUAGUUACAACUUUGAAGUUUUGACUUGAACAAGGUGCCAUCCCUUGUUGUCACCAGUGUGUUUGUCAUUACAGCAAAGUAUUGGUUCUUUGACCAUCACCAUGUGUGCAUUCUAUUUGUUCCGGUUCAUACUUAUUUGGUUGUUGGUGUAAAGGAUGUUGCAGACAUAACCAUAACUAUACAAAUGAACUGUAAGAAGUCAGUUUGGUGCUACCGUUA